CCAGUUGCUUUCAUGGCCUUCAAAUUAACGAGGAAGGCGACAAACACAGAGACCCAUUACCAAAUUUGGCUCCUUCUUCUCCUCUCGGAAGUCAAACUAAAACCCAAUAGAGAGAAAGAGAGGUAGAGGCAGAGCAGAAGCCAUAAGCUAACGCGUUAGCCCUAUCCAAUCCUUAGAUUUCACCAUUAAUGGAGCCCAAAAUUCUUCGACUAAUCUCUCAUCAAUCCUUCUUCUCCGUCGUCCGAUCAGGCGACAUCGAUUCCCUGAAGCUUACUCUUGAAAGAUCCAAUGAGGUUGAAGGAGAAGAUCGAGCUUCAGUUACUGCCUUAAUGGCGUUGCAGAACGAUGUCGGUGAAACACCUCUGUAUAUCGCCGCUGAAAACAAUCUAGAAGAGGUCUUCAAGUACUUGGUGAAUUUCUGUGACCUUCAGAUCGCGAUGAUCAGAGCUAAGUCGGAUAUGGAUGCAUUUCAUGUCGCUGCUUCGCGUGGGAACUUAGGGGUCGUGAAAGAGCUUUUGAGCAGGUGGCCUGAACUUUGCAAGUCAUGUGAUGCCACAAACACCAGCCCUCUUUAUUCAGCUGCUCGCCAGGACCACUUGGAAGUUGUGAAUGCCAUAUUAGACACUGAUGAAAGCACAGUUAGGAUUGUGAGAAAAAAUGGGAAAACUGCGCUUCACAAUGCUGUUAGAUAUGGCCUUCACCGAAUUGUAAAAGCUCUCAUAGACAGAGAUCCCGGAAUUGUUUCUAUUAAAGACAAGAAGGGCCAGACUGCGCUUCACAUGGCUGUAAAAGGCCAGGAUCCUUCUAUAGUAGAAGAUUUAUUAACUGCUGAUCUUUCAAUACUUAAUGCACGCGAUAAGAAGGGAAAUACAGCUCUACAUGUAGCCACAAGGAAAUGCCGUCCACAGAUAGUGAUCCUUCUACUCAGAUAUGCUUCCGUAGAGGUCAAUGCUAUUAAUAGUCAGAAAGAAACAGCGAUGGACUUGGCAGAGAAACUCCCAUACGGAGAACCUGCCUUUGAAAUUGGGGAAGCUCUUACAGAAGCUGGUGCCAAACAGGCUAGGCAUGUAGGCCAAGUGGAUGAGGCAAUGGAGUUGAAAAGAACUGUAAGUGACAUAAAGCAUGAGGUGCAAACACAACUCCUACAGAAUGCAAAAACCAGCAGAAGAGUGUCUGGGAUUAAAAAGGAGCUGCAGAAAUUGCACAGAGAAGCCGUCCAGAACACCACCAAUUCUGUGACAGUCGUUGCUGUUCUGUUUGCCUCCAUUGCUUUCAUGGCUAUAUUUAACUUACCUGGUCAAUAUUUUCAGGAUGGGCAAAAUGUUGGAGAAGCUAAUAUUGCUGAUUUGGUUGGGUUUCGUGUGUUCUGCCUUUUGAAUGCUACAUCUCUGUUCAUAUCUUUAGCUGUUGUUGUGGUUCAGAUCACUUUGAUUGCCUGGGAUACCAGGGCUCAGAAACAGGUUGUUUCAGUGGUGAACAAAUUAAUGUGGGCAGCUUGCAUUAGCACAUGUGGGUCUUUUCUGUCAUUAGCUUUUGUGGUUGUGGGAAAAGGCAGUUCAUGGAUGGCUAUUACUAUAACAGUAUUGGGUACACCAAUCCUUGUUGGGACUCUUGCUAGCAUGUGCUACUUUGUUUUCCGACAACAUUUCAAAACAUUUGGGGAUGAUUCUCAAAGGCGCAUUAGGAGGGCUGGUGGUAGCAAAUCCUUUUCAUGGUCUCGACACUCUGGCUAUUCAGAUCCCGAUGCUGACUCAGAUCAUGAGAAGAUCUACGCUUUGUAACUACGUAUUCGGAGGUGUAAAGCAUGUAAGAAAUCGGUUAAGUUGUAAAUAAAGCUAGUUUUGGAAUUCAGUUGCAGUAGCUUUGCCACUAGUGGUUCGAGUCCUAACCACCACUGAAUGCUGUUAUGUUUUUUUUUUCUGGUUAAUGGAAGGGAUUCUUUCUUUUUUGUGGAAAGGGUUCCAAUCAUGUGUAUUUAUGGGAACAAUAUGUAGAUUUAUAUAGAUGCAAGCAAUAAUUUUAGAAUGAUUCUGCAGC